AUGGAAUAUACGCAAGACUCGAGCAGUUCAAAACUGAAAAGAAAAAGUGAUCAACUUGAACAUGAUGAAAAGCUUAACGAUAAGUUCCACAAUGAAAGUAGGAGAUACGAAGAAGAAGAGCUAAACAGAGUAGAGUAUGAUUCUGACUCCAGCAUCGAACACUCUACAGGUAAUGAAAAUAGUGAGGAGGAAAUGGAAGAAAAGUCCAAUGAAAAAAAUGGGAAGGGGGACGAAGAUAUGUUUCUGUCAGAUAAUGACGAUCUCAUCAAAGACCAUAAAAGUCGGAAAAAAUCGAAAAUCCAGCUUUUAAAUAUUGCAGAAUUUAAGAAAGAGAACUUGGCCGACUUAGAUUAUCAAAUUGGAAAUACAGAGAGCCAAGAAGAAGAAAAAGGUGUGAAUAUAGAACCAUUUAAUAUAGAAGAUGAAAUAGAACAUGGGGUAUUCGACAAAGAUGGCAAUUAUAUCAAGACAGAAAACGACACAGAAAAUGAACUGCAGGAUAAUGAGGAAUGGAUGAAUGAUGUCAUAAAUGCAGAGAAGGCAAAUCGCUUAGAAAAGGAACAAAGUAUCAAAACACACAAUUCAAGGCAUUAUAUGGUUCACGAGGCAUUGGUUCUUUUAAAGUUUUUUCUUGCUGGGAACCAUGAAACAGUACUAGAAUCCUUAGGAAGGUUAAACAAGCUGCGAAAAAUAGCCAUUUCAAAGAAGGAUAAUUCGCUAAAAUACGUUAUCCAUGGAAUCGAGCUAUUGUCCGAUCUAAUAAAUCUAUUGGAAAAGAAGGGAUUCAGUGAAAUAUAUGAAUAUGACCGCAGAAAAGUCCAAGAUGCCAUAGUAGAAGAAUUUUUCGAUGAUUCCUCUAGAAUAGUUGAUCACAAAACAAAGUUAUGGAGCUUCAAGUGGUUGAACAAAUUAGACGAAUAUCACGGCCUGUACACGAAUUAUGAAAUGUCGUACUGGCAAAAAUCCUACUUCAAAAACAACGUCGUAGUGAAAUUUCACAGCGAACCAGAUCGAGAUGAAAACUGGGUACAUGUAUCGUGUUUAAGCUUCAUGUAA